UUUUCCCGUCAGGCGGAGAGCGGGGCAGCCCUGCGACGCCGAAGGACCCCUUCCUCUGAAUCCGAGCCGGGAGCCGCUGCUCGCCUUUCCCGCCAUGUCCGUCAGCCAGAUGUUCAUCACUUUGCAGGGGGUCCUCACCGCCGACCAGGACAUCCGCGAGGAGAUCAGAAAAGUGGUUCAAACCCUGGAGCAAACUGCCCGGGAAAUCCUAACAGUACUGCAAGGAGUCCAUCAGGGCUCGGGAUUCCAGGACAUACCAAAGAAAUGUCAGAAGGCUCGAGAACAUUUUGGCACAGUCAGAACACAGCUGGCCUCUCUGAAAAUAAAGUUCCCUGCAGAGCAAUAUUACAGAUUUCAUGAGCACUGGAGAUUUGUGUUGCAACGUCUGGUAUUCUUAGCAGCGUUUGUAGUCUACUUGGAGACAGAAACCUUAGUAACUCGGGAAGCUGUCGCAGAAAUACUUGGAAUUGAAGCUGACAGAGAGAAAGGUUUUCAUUUGGAUAUUGAGGAUUACCUCUCAGGAGUGCUGACUCUUGCUAGCGAGUUGUCUAGGCUGGCAGUCAACAGUGUCACGGCUGGAGACUAUUCUCGUCCGCUCCGUAUCUCUGCAUUCAUCAAUGAAUUAGACUCUGGAUUUCGCCUUCUGAAUUUGAAGAAUGACUCCUUAAGGAAGCGCUAUGAUGGUCUCAAAUACGAUGUUAAAAAGAUUGAGGAGGUGGUUUAUGACUUGUCAAUCAGAGGGCUGAACAAAGAGGCUGCAAGUGGGGAGAAAUAGAAGAGGGGUUUGUGGGACUGAAUCGGUCAAUACCUCAGACUUGCGGCCCAUAAAGGAGAAGGUUGAACUGAGGGCCCUCGUACUAGUUUAGAGAAAUCACAUGCUGCAAAUCACUGUGUUCCCAACUGAAUGUUUAGUAUGCCUGACCAAAAGCACUAAAAAACCAUUUUGUGAAUGCCUACCUGGUGGGAUCUGUGUGCCCACAUGGUGUGAGCAGCCCCUUUGCUGUUCAGUGGACCUAGCGUGCUAGUUAUUUUGCAACGGGUUUUCUUUUUUUUCUUGCCCUGCUGAGUCCAAUCUUUCAGAAUCUCCAUGGAAAUUUAUUAUUUGUGUUUAGUAUACUAUAAUCACAUCAAAAUGCCGCACUUGGCUGCAGCUACUAUGUAAAUAACAUUUAAAACCUGGUCCUAAAUGCUUAACUUUCUUCUUCUUUCAGUAAGUCAGACUGGUUCUAUUAUUAAAAGUAAGAGUUCAGACUGGGAAUAAUCAGUUCGAUAGACAUAUUGUUGGGAACUCAUAUUUUCAAACAGUUACCAUAUACUACAUGGCUAUCUUUGUAUUUUAGAUCUGGGAAGUGGAACUUGAAUAGUUGCUUGUUGGCAUUCAACAUACAUUUAUAUCCCAAUUAAAGCUGCAAAUCUUAGACUAUAUUUAGGUGAUGGUUGGAGGGCAGGAGGAAUUGGAGAUUCACUGAGGCCAGUAGCUACAGAAGAUGGAUAGUAUUCUUCUUAGAGAUUCUUUUGGUUUUAAGUGGCCUGUUUCAUAUCUCUUUUACUUUCCAUUGUAUGUUUUUUAAAGAUCUAGAUAGAUUAAGCAUCAGAGAAAAGUGUGGGCCUUAUCAAGAGGAAAGUGGCUACUUUUAGUGUUAAUCCUGAAUACACUUAGAAAACCUUUUCUCCACUUCUUUCCAAGCAAGUGUACAAAACAUCACAGCUUUCAUGUAUGGUAUAUAAGGCACAGAUACAAAGUGUAGUGGGUUUCCCCCUGUGCAUCCAGUGUAUGGGCGUAUAACAUCCAUUUUGUGAAUUUCAUUUGUGUGGAAUUGGUUUCUGUAGCACAGUCUUGUUCUGCUAGAGCAUCUUUUAUGUUGUACACUCAUCAGAUAGUUUUCUCCCCUUGUCUUAAAAGUUUCUUUUGCUAAAGAUUGCGUCCAAAGAAUUCCAGAAAAUCUUUGUAUUUUAUGAUAAUUAGUGGCUGUAAGUAUCUUUGUAAACCUUUGCCUUGUUCUGGUUACGUUUUCUAAAAAACAUUCACUGAGAAGAAAAUACUUCUUUGUAAAUGUGGAUAAAUAAAAGAAAAACACUGUUCAAA